UGUGCACUUCCAUUUUGUUAUAUUUGAGUUUGGUAUUUUCGCGCUACGUCGAUAACUUUCUGAACGCUAUCGAGCUAUUCUAAGCGACCGCAGUGUGACCAUUGCUCGUAUAUCAUUUAUUUGGCGACCAAUAUACCGCAAAAAAAUAUCCAUGGUGUAUUGCAAUACUCAGCUUGCGGUCACGCUGAGCGAAAGACCAAUUUUUUUUUGUAAUUAAAAUGCCAAAAUAAAAGUAGAUAAAUAUAAUAAUAAUGGACGAGGUGGAUAAAAUAAUCAUGCACCAGCUGCAGCAAAUCGAUGCCAGCAUUGAGCCUACGGAUCAGCUGACCACAUUUACGCCUGAGCAAGUGGUGCGAGCCGUGUCCAGUUGUUUGCUGGAAAUCAAUCCAACGCUGACGGAGCUGCCGCGAUCAUUGCCGGGCGGCGCGAUGGCACAACGUUUCAGCGCGGCCACAGUGCUUGCCGAGCGAUGUAAGGAGAGCGGCUACCGCGGCGACAUUGGCUACCAAAUCUUUCUCUAUCCCAACGCUGUGGAGCUGCGACGUCUGCUGAUGUUUCUCAUUGAACGAUUGCCUCGGGAACGCCAGAAUGCAGACAGUGCGGGCAAAGCAAAUGCGCUUAAUGCGCGCGAGCAAUUACAGCGAGAGGUUCGCAGGAAGUUGACGGAACAACUAAAGGCACCAUGGGUGCCGCAAUUCUGUCGUGCGGUGGCCAAUCGUCAGAAGCAGGGCUGCAGUUGUCAGAGCAUCGAAUUUAAGCCACAUCUGAAUCUGAACAUUCCCGGCGCUAAGCUGGCCGAGCGCAGCAAAGAGGUGCAACAGUAUUUCGAGCAAUUGGCACCGAAUCUCUUUCAACAAGUGGAUGCCAGCUCCUAUGAUCUCAUUGCCUCGGUGUUGCACAAAAACGAUCUGGAGAGUUGGGGCGAAUUGGUGCCGACGGCUGUAAAUGUGCUGAGUGUUCGUGAAGAGGAAGUGCCGCCAAGUCCACUGCUACACGUUGCGGAGAAGCUGCCCGAAAACUCAGAGGCACCAACGCCAGUGCAACAAUUGGGUGACCAAGUGCAACAGUUGCGUGCCCAAGCGGAAAAGUUGCUGACACAGCGCAAAACACUCAACGCCCACCUGGAGACACUCAAGGCCAGGGAAGCCUCAGCUGCUGGCGAGCUGGAGAAUAUACAAGCAGUGCUGAAGCUGCACGAACGCAGCUGUUUAGUGUUGGCCGAUCCCGAGGAGAAUGUUGCAAAGCUAGAGGCAUUGCUGCGUGCAACGGAAGCCAAACGACAAACGUUGACGCAACAGUGGCAGGAUUAUCGCAAUCCGCUCUUGAGCACGCUGGACACGCUCAAGGCGGUCAAGGAGGCGCAGCAGGUGCAGAACGUGCGCACGGGAAUCGAGCAACUGGAGCUGGAGCUGCUGGCGAAGACACAAAAACACAACGAGCUGAGCGUACGCAGCGCCCAGCAAACGCAGCAAGCGCCACGCAAGGAAUAUACGCGCCGCAUACACGAAUUUAUUGGCAACAUACGCAAGCAGCGGGACGACAUCGAUAAAGUGUUGGAUGAUACACGUCAGCUCCAGAAGCAGCUGAAUGUGGUUGCUGCGCAGCUGGAGCGGCAGUUCAACUACACGGAUGAUCUGCUCUUUCAGAGCGCCAAGCACGAUCUGCAUGCGAAGAAGGCAUACAAGUUGUUGGCCCAAUUGCAUGCACAUUGCAGCGAGCUGGUCGAGUGCGUCACGAAUACGGGCAAUGUCAGCAAGGAGAUUCGAGAGCUAGAGGUGCAGAUCGAUGGAGAGAAAUUGAAGAAUGUGCUGAUCAGUUUGCAGCAGAUCACUGGAGAUAUUCAGAAGUUUGAGCAGCAUAUUCAAGAGCUGCAAUCACAAAUACGCACAGUGGAGAAUGCAAUAACGGCGGCCUAAAAAAGCAAGAGAAACGAUAUUAGAUUAUUACUUACUAUAUAUUAGUGCCAAUUAUAACAAAAAAAGAAAAACAAAAACAAAACAGAUCACUCACGCAUAGCGUAGUUUCUCGUAGCCAAUUUAUUAUUCAAUGCAUUUGCAAAACUUUCAAUAAACGGACCUGAGCAAUUUCAAAACGAAAUUCAAUUUACAUUUUUUCAAAAUAUUUAUACACUAGUAUAUGAUCAUAAUGAUGACGCGCACAGUGGAAACAACAUGCUUCAAAGCAUUCCAUUCUCUUUAACUCAAAACGCUUCGCAGUGCAAACGGGCUAUUAGCCUGCCGGCUCUCUCAUUAGUUCUCUCUUUGCGAGCAUGCGCUCUCAUUAUACACUUUCAAAAAAGUCACACAAAUAAGUCAACGAAUACGUGUUGAGCUUAAAAGUUAAGUCUAUAAAUAUUCCCAAUUGGUAUUUGGUUCAAAUAUGUAGUUAAAUUAAAUAAAAAUAAAUGAUGUAGUCAGAAAUAUUAAUUUUUUAUUUGUAAAAAAAAAUAUA